AUUAUUUUAAUUAGGAAAUUUAAAAUUUAUAUCAGAAUAUUUUAUUAAACUUUUAAUUUUUAUUUUUAUUAUAACUGCAAAGAUUAAUUUUAAUAUAAAUUUUUGUUUCAAUAUUACAAAUGCAUAAUUUAAUAUAAAGAAAAAAAACUAAAAACAUAAAAUAAAUACCCGCCCGUUCAAGAUCUAGUAAUUAAUUUAAAUCAAUAUUCUCAUGUAUGUUUACCUAAUUCACUCAUAAAGGUGUCAAAAUAAUAAUAAAAGAACGUCGCACCUUAAAACAAAAAAAAAAGAUAAAAAUGAGGGACAAAAUUACAAAAUCCAAAACUAAUAAGGAGAGUGUAUAUAGAUAAUGGCUAACUCUGUCAUUUCACCAUCAGCAACAACAAUUUUUGCAAUUUUACAAAUCUCUUAUCCACUUACCUAAGUAAAUCACUAUCCAUGUAUAUUUAACUAAUUCACUCGAAAAAUGUAAAAAAGUAAUAGUAAAAAAACGUUAUAUUUGAAACUAAAAAAAAAGGCAAAAAUGGGGGACAAAAUUGCAAUAUAGUUAUAAUAUUGGUGCCGCAGAUAGUACGAAAAGCAACGACUGCAAUUAGAUACAUUAUAACUUCUUUAAAUUAAUAUUCUAUAAAUUAAUAUACACUAAAAAUUUCUAUUAAAUAAUAUAAUUUUAUAGUCCCAAAUUAAAUUUUUGGUUCAAUUAGUAUAUCGAUAUAUUAAUAUCUCUAUAAAUUAAUAAAAAAAUUAUAGUUUUGGUAUGGUUCCAACAUUAUUAUUUAUAGAAGUUUCACUGUAAUCGGUAUAUUGUCUUCUUUGGUCACUGUUAAUGUUUCAUAAUUCUCAUUUUUCCUACAUUCGUAGCCACUACGGAAUCUACAAAAUGCAUGGACUGUAAAAUGCACUACAAAAUCUGUUUCUCAUAUUUAUGUGUCAGAAAAUAAUUAAUACUUUCUCAAUUUGUGAAAAAAUAUAACUUUUACUUAAAUAAAUAAAGAAAAUAACUGAAAUACAUUUAUAUUUUUAUUAAUUACAUCUAUUCAACCAGCAAUAUUUGAAAUAAAUAAAUUUAUUUAUAGAAUCAAGUAAUUAAUAUUUAGUUCAAAAUUGCAUUAAAAUAUUUAAAUGAUAUUUUGUAUAACAAAAAAAUGAAAAUAAUAUUAAAUAGUAAGAAUUGUAUAUAUCAAAUAACAAUCAUCUUUUGAAAAAGACAAAUAUUUAUUACAACUCAAACGACCAUUAAAAGUUUUCAAACAUCAAAUGAGUAGCCAACAUAAACACAGCGAGAGAUAACAACAUCGAUCCAUUUAAUCGAUCCAUUUAAUGUAGUUGUAUACGACAUGCCUUAUUUUUUAGAAACCAACAAAAAUUCAGCUUUGUUUUGUUCCCAUGAACAGUUUGCAAAACUGGAAAAAAAAAAAGAUGAAGCUUGAAUGUCUUUUUUUUCUGCGGUUAUAGAACUAUAUAGACGGUAACUACACACAUAUAGCAUACAAAAUAGUUACUUACACUAAAUGUAUCAUAGAAAUUCGUUUUUGAAGAUUUCUAUAUUAAAAGUCUACAGAGAUUCUACAUAGCAGAAAUCAAAUAUUGAUGUCUCUUCUCUUAAUGCACUUAUUAAGUCGUAUUAUCAAAUUUAAUAAACCAUAUGUAUAUGGACAAUGACUAACCAGUCAUUUCACCAUCAGUCAAUUACCAUUUUUGCAGUUUUAGUGUUUUACCAAUUUCAUAUCCAAUUUCAAUCAAUAUUCAUGUAUGUUUACCUAAUUCACUCCUAAAAAGUGUCAAAAUAAUAAUAAAAAACAUCAUACUUGAAACUGAAAAAGACUAAAAAUGGGAGACAAAAUUACAAAAUCAAAAUCUAAUAAGGAGGGAGUAUAUAGAUAAUGACAAACUCUCUCAUUUCACGGUUUCACCAUUAGUCAGUUACCAUUUUUGCAAUUUUAUCAAUCUCAUAUCCACUUACCUAGAUAAAUCACUAUCCAUGUAUAUUUAGCUAAUUCAUACGAAAAAUGUAAAAAGGAAAAGUAAAAGAAGGUCACAGUUGAAACUAAAGAAGAGCAAAAAUGGGGGAGAAAAUUGCAAUAUAAUUAAAAUAUUUGUGCCGCAGAUAGUAGUAGGAAAAGGAAAAGGCUAUGCGCUGCAGCGUAUUAAUGGCGAGAGAGAGUGAAAAACGACAAAAGAGACAAACCAGCCUUGGACGGGAGGGAGGGUGUCCGUACGUUCUCUCUCUCUCUCUCUCAGAGCACAACAUUCUCUCUCUCCCCAUACCAUUUUCUGUUAUAUAAUAUCACCAACCUGACCUCUCUCUCCGUAUUGUCCACUCUUGUUUUACUCUCUCUUUUCUCUCUCUCCAUUUUUGAAUCUUUUUCUUCAUCAUCUUCUUCCUUUCCGAAAUCGCUUUAUCUCUUCGCGACGAUGUUUGAAGAAAACUUUAUGGGUUUCGAUGGAGAUUUUAGCAGAGGACGAGCUUCGGAUCGUCGCCUUCCUCCUCCUCGUGACUUUGGUGGGUGUCCCGACACAAACCCAUUUCUCAAGAGUUACGACACGAAGAGCGAUGAUGUGAUGGGUUUGUGUAAAAAGCUCAACGGAAUGGGUAUCUCUUGCGACAUGAGUAUUUGGACCAGACCCGGACCGAUACGGGUCGACCCGGCUGAUUUUGGGUCUCGAAGAACUCUCCCCGAGUUUCCGGAUGGAGCUUCACGGUUUCGUGGCGAUUACUCUCCUCCCCAAGCUUUUCUGCGAAGCACCACCACCUCCUCUCAUGGGGCAGAUCUUAGUUUCCUUGGCCUUCAAGACUCCUUUUACCCUAACGGACUUAGAGAGAUGAUGGCUCUUAAGACCCACAGAGACGCUCUCUUGGACCAUAUCAACCGACCCAUCAAGCGUUCAUCUCCUUGUCUUGGAAACGAUGCGUUGAUGUUUGAGAGAAAUAGGUUUUCGGACUUGGACUAUCCACAUGAUAGUCUCAGAGGCGUCUCUCUUGGAGGAGGAAGAAACAGGGCUUCUCUCUCAUAUGGGAAGAUGAGAAGUGAUUUGCCUCUGGAUCUUGCCUCCAUGGUUAACAUCUACGGAUCUGUCAACUUGAUGGGCAAAGAUCAGAUCGGUUGUCGUUUUCUCCAGAAGCUGGUCGAUGAAGGACUGUUUGUUGACGCUCUAUUCCUCGAAAUCAUCAACCACGUGGUUGAACUUUCCAUGGAUCCCUUCGGGAAUUACUUGGUUCAGAAGCUCUUAGAGGCCUGCGAUGAGGAUCAGAGAACGACGAUGGUGAGUGUUUUGACCUCAAGACCAACGGAGCUUCUCAAAAUCUGUCUCAACAAUUAUGGGACACGGGUUGUUCAGAAGAUGAUCGAAACUGUGAAAACAAAACAGCAGAUUGGGAUGGUGAAGUCAGGUCUCAAACCGGGUUUUCUUUCUCUUGUCAAAGAUUUGAAUGGGAACCAUGUGAUUCAAACUUGCUUGACUACUCUAGGUCCUAGCGACACCAAGUUUGUGUUGGAAGCUGCUACCAAGUACUGCGCUGAGAUAGCAACUCAUCGCCACGGAUGCUGUGUGCUUCAAUGCUGCGUCUCAAACUCUGUUGGAGAGCAACGUGAGAGACUCGUCAAUGAGAUAUCCAGGAACUCACUUCACCUUUCUCAGGAUCCUUUUGGGAACUAUGUAGUGCAGUAUCUAAUAGAGCAAAAAGUAUCUGCAUCGAAGUUACUGAUUCAGUUUAGAAUGCAUUACGCGGAGCUAGCGACUCAGAAAUUCAGUAGCCAUGUGAUGGAGAAAUGCCUUAGGAUAUAUCCAGAGGCUAGAGCUGAGAUUGUCCGUGAGCUUCUCUCUGUUCCAAACUUUGAACAUCUCCUGCAUGACCCUUUUGGAAACUACGUUAUUCAAACUGCUCUCUCAGUAACCAAGGGUCCUGUUCGUGCGAGCUUGGUGGAGAAAGUGCAUAGGUAUGGGAAACUGAAGUUUAGUCCUUAUUGCAAGAAGAUAUUCUCCAAGACCAUCUUGAAGAGCUGAUCAGCAAGGAUGUUGUUGUUUUUGUGUGUUUGAGAUCGGAUUAGGCCUUUUGAAAAGACACUACUUCCCCUUUUGCUUUUGAAGAAGUGACUCUGCUGAUUAAGUAACAAAAAAUGUUGUUGUUUUGUGUUUCAAGAUCGGAUUAGGCCUUUAAAUAGACGCUGCUCUCUUUUGUUGUCGGUUCCUUUUUUUUUGUAGUGACAACAAACUUUAUGUGUUGUUUUAAGCCGUUGGUCUAUCAUCUAUAUAUAUAACUUUAAAGGCCACACUGCUUCUUGUUUUGUUAUGCAUACUAAUAUGUUUCUUAAUGGUAGAAGACAUUAGGUGCUCUCAUUAUACACCAUUCACAUUUUUUUUUACUAACGUGCAUUAGUGUUGAUAUAUACUACUAUUUGGAAAGUUCCAGUCACUGUAUACAUGUCACAUGACUUUGAUUCUUCUAACAGUAUUACUUCUUUUAUUCUAAAUAAGAAAGAAAUCAGACGAUGCAUUUUUCUCAGGUGAAAUGUUUUCUUUUCUAAUCUUCUUCAUUGUUAAAUUAUAUUUUUUCCUAUUUGUUUGUAACAGUUCACUUACAUUUGAUCUUCACUCACAUGUUUCAAUACAUAUUAAUGUCCAUACAUUGGCAGUUUGACUUUGCUUUUGGUGUUUGUGCGCUUGUAGAGAAAAUGCGAACGUCAGUUUUAGAACGCUGCCUGCCUUGCCAUGGUGGAUAUCUUCCCAAGAAUAUUUCACAAGUUUUUUUUUUUUGGGACAAUACCUCACAAGUUUAAUAUUAAUAAUUUUAUGUAAUUUAGUUAAUAAUUAAAUUUUAAGUCAUAAAAUUAGUUUAGAGUAUAUACCAAUAAGAAACCAACAUAUGUAAGAAAUGUAUCUUCAUUUUUCUUUCUUGGAAAAAUCUAUGCAAAGAACCAUUAGUAUCAAUCUCACAUUGUUUUCAAUUCUUUUUAAUUUUUAACUAGAUUUUGACCCGCGCGCCCGCGCGGAUAUUUGUUUUGCAAUAUCAAUAUAAACACUCCAAACACACAAUGAUUUAGUGAACAUGUUCAGUCUGGACUUUGGUACGGUUUCGGUUCAGUGUUUUCGGUUUAUUUGUUUUGUGAUAUUUCAGUUUAUAAAAAUUAGCUACCAUAUUGGAACCAUAUCUAAUUUGGUUUGGUUUGGUUUAUAUACUAUUGAUUUUCGGUUUAUUCGGUUUUAUACCAAAAAGCUGUAACUAUAUUUAUUUUAUUAACAAAUUUUAGAUUAUAUAUAUAGAGAAAUUGCUAUUAUUAAAAUAUAAAUAUAUAUUCCUUAGUCUAAAUUUUAAAUAUAAUAUUUUCUAUUUUAAUUAAAUAUUAAAAUAAUGGUAAGAAAAAUAAUAAUAUUGUAAAAUUAUUAUAUAAUUAUAUUUUAGCACAAGAAGUUUUCAACUCUACUUGUUCGUCUUUAAACUCUCUGUGUUUAUUACUGCUUACCUAUAUUUGAAGAAUUCACUUGUAGGUUGUGCUUAAGUCUUAUAAUCUCGUUUCUCUUAGAGAAUUAUAUGGUUCUAUAUCUGCAACAUAUGUGAAAAGAGUAAUCUCGCUUGGGCUUUGAUGUAGGUGUAGUUCAAUAGUUAGACUGAAUAUAUAGAGAUAAUUAAAUGUCUUUUUUUUUGCAUACAAAGGUACAUCUUGGAGAAGAAUGAUCCUUUAUAGGUGAGUCACAGAGAAGAAUACACAUAUCACAUAUGCCUAACAUCAUGACAAAAAUACGGUUUGUAAUAUACUUUCUUCCAUUUCGUCUUGAGAAAACAAUUUAGAAUUAUAUAGGAUUAGAAUACAGAUUGAACCUUUCCCUUAUAUUUAUGUUUCGCUUAUGACUGAUUCUCGGAUAUAUCUCAAUAUACUUGAAUGAUUGUGUUUGAUACACUUCUUUGAAAUAUUGGAAGAUAUUUGAAUUAACUUAUCCAAAAUAAAAACAAAUGCAUUAUUGUAAAAAGUAAGUAGUUCACAAAAAUGUAUUGCUAAAAUAAAAUAAAGAAAUCAGUCUUUUCUAAAAGUAGAUGCCACGUCGUUGAUGCGCUGAAAUCUACACUGAUCAAAUAAUGUAUUGACAGAAAGCCACUGGCAGUCUGAAAUAUAAAAUAUUGAAUCUAGUCGUUGAGGAAAAAAUAAGUAAAUUUUGGUUGGACAUUUUGUUCUUUGCUUGUUCUGAAUAUGUAGAAAGUGAGUGGAAGGAUGGUUUAUAUAUAUAGGGUCAUGCAUAUCAGUAUAGAAUAGUAUGAUUUUGUAUUUAAUAGUUAGAUUUUGUGGAGUCAAUCACGGUAAAGAUCUAUAUUGUAUAUGUAAAUUACUUAAUAUAGAUGAGAAUAUACCCUUUUUAUACUUCAAAAUCAUUUGAAUUAUUAAUAGAAUUUAUUAGAUAACGAAGGUGAAAAUAUGAGUGAAUCCGCAGAAAUUUAAUAAAUUAAUCCCGUAGAAACAGAGUAAUGUUAUUUUGGUAGAGGUUGAGUGAGAAAUCGAAAGAAGGUUGAUCAAGCAAGGUGUUUGUUGCUGCAUUUUGAUGAUCAAACUGGAUUAAUUUUAAAUUAUGAGGAAUUUUUAUGGAAAAAACGUGAUCAAGCUCUGCCUUUUGUUGUUGCACUUUGAUGGUCAAGUAACUUCAUUGGGUAAAAGUAGAGCGAGAAUCGAAAAACAUUGUGCAGGAAAUACCGUUGAAAUUGUUAAGUUUUAUAAGAUAAUAAAUGAUAAUUAAUUUUUUUUAAAUAGUUAAUAUUAAUUCAGUGGCAUUCACUUGUAAUUAUUGAGGAAAACUAAAGGCUAAGUAUUAUUUGUACUCCUGUUUUAAUAGUAUAGAUAGAUAUACAGAAACUGUCUUAAUACCAUGUUGGGGGUGGACCUUUAGACAUCAGCGUUCCUAAUUAAUUUUUGAGCAAACCAAGUCACCUUUAUUUGAAUAUAAUUUACUCACACAAAGUAUUCUAUAAAUUAAACAUAUCUUCCUCCUCUGAAUAAAGAUGAAGAAAAAGCUGAAAAACACCAAGCUUUCAUAAUAACAUUCUCAGGUAAGUUAAGAAUUAAGAAACAUGAGCAGGUUUUUCUUUGUCUGAAAAUGAAGGAAAGCCAAGUGAGCGGUCAGGAUUCUGCGAUGUGAAGAGAUUAGGGUAUGAGUAAUAGGGAUCAUCUUCCAUGGAAGGUGGUCUCAUCUGCUGGUGGUCCUGGUCAGGGCUGCGUCUCUCAAAUGAUGAGGUCUCCGGUCUUUGUAGCUCUGAAACAUCGCCAUAGCUGCUGACUGAUUUCUGAUGAUCAAACUGCGCGUUUUCAGUUGAAGGGAGUCUCUCUGCUUGGUGGUUGUUCUGCUCAUGACUGAAAAAUGCUGAAGAGUCACCCAUUUAAAAGUCGGACUUUCUGGAUACUGGCCGGCUGUCUUAUUGGUGAGCUCACUGAUCCUGAGUUGCGCAAGACUUGCAGCUUAACGAGCUGCUGCUGGUGCACGUUCUGCUGAGUCAGCGGCAGCUUGAGCAGCCGUUAGGACAUCCUGCAAGUCCAUAUCUGAUAUUUUCCUUGGAUGAUCCCUUGAAGCACCACUCUCUUCUGUAGAUAAGGGUCCUACUACACCAGCGGAUGACAGAGAACAGCUGUCCCGUUUCUCAGAUUCCGUCACGUACUUCAAAGAAACAAAGGGUGAAGAUUGUUGGACUUCCACGAAAAUAGUACUUGAUUUUGCAGGAUGUUCAUCUUUUAUGAAAGCCAGCUUUUCGUCUCCUGCAUUCUCUGAAUCAAAGGGCAUGUCGGGAGAUGUAUGUUCAUAUGUGGCAGGUUUCACGGCCUCCGGUGCAUUUUCAGGGGUAGCGCCAGGAGUCGGCCGCAGCAAGACAUUGGGAACCUCGGGAAAUUCCAAACUUUCAUACUCGGAUUGAGAAUCAGAUGGUUCCUCUGGAUGUGAAAGAGGUAGCAUUGUCAAACGUGGCCUUUAUCUUGUUCCUCCUGUAAAGGCAACUCCAACAAAUUGCUUUGGUCCAUCAUGUAAAGAAGGUAUACACACAAUUUAGGAACAUACAGAGAGACCUACUUUUCCAGGAAAAUAACCGAAUGAUAAAACACUGCAUUUUGGUCAGUUAACCCCUAUCAAGUGAAACACGUCAGUCAAAUUGGCUCAGUAUUGGGCCUACUCUUAUUGGACUUAAUUUUCCAAAAAUUCUGUUCGGAUUAACCCAUAAAAAUUGGGUUUCUUCAAAAAUUUAACAAAAAUUGUUAGACGAUAGUAUGUAGAAAAAGGUCUCUCUAUUCGUUUAGAGGGAGAGAGUUUCUCUAUUCUCUCUCUCGACCUUCUUAACAAACAUCCAUCUUUCAGAGGGUUCCAGAUAUAUUUUGUUUGUUUUAUUUGAUCAUCAGAUCGACUCUUUGGUUCCCUCUUCGGAUUGUAUUUUAACUUUACCGAUUUAUUUUGUUGUGCUUUCGAUCUUGAUCAAAUCUGAUCUUUAAGUUUCUUAUUUUGAUUCACUUAAGAUUUAAUUUAAUAAAGUCCUGAUUCCAAAUCGGCUUCUAGAUGACAACUCUGUGGGAUAAGCUAUUAUACCUGAGCUAUCUCCUUCACCGUAAUCUUCUAAGCUGAGUAGGGUAACUUUGCGUUAGCUUCAGCCGUAAUCAUUAGUGGAAAGAUAUGGAAAUAUAAGAUCUCCAGCAUGCUCCUUUAUCGGAGAUGGCGACGCGUUCCUUUCGCUAGCAGAGGAUGGAUGUUUAAAGCUGGUGGUUGGCAGUGGAAGAUAUGCUGUCUAUUUGGUGUCGGUUUAGCUUCAGAUUAGAGGCAAAAAGACUUGCAAUCAGAGAAGAUUCAAGAAACGACUCCGGAGACCAUGUCGCUCACGACGGCAGUGUCGCUGCAACAUGCAAGAAAGACACGUAGUUGACCAUGUGUGAUGAGAAGCAAGGAUGGUUGACGAGUGGAAUACAUAAUCUUAUUGCUUUCUUCAAUUUUGUGUGAAUUCUUGUAAUUUCAUUGGCCUUGUAUAAAUUAAAUCCGAUCCCAAUUAUGUACUUCAAGCCUUUGGGCUUCAAUCAAUGAAAGAUUAUCAACAAAAGAAUGAUUGAUGAUCAUCCAUCUUAUAUAAUUAUAAUAUGUUUCAAGUCACCCACAGACUCCCACUAUGAUAAAUAUACUUGUAAGAGGAUGCAUAAAGUGAAUAUAAUUAACUUCACUCUUAUACUCUCUUGCACACACACACACGUCCGAUCUUCUUAUUUAUACUAAAUUUUUUGUUCAUAUAUUAUAUAGCUUAUCUCUUUAUAUUUUACGGCACGUUAUCAGUGCGAACGCUCUUAAACCAUCAAGGUGAGAUGAUGUUUAAUUAAUGUAUUUCAAUAUACUCAAUUUAUUUUAAUUUUAUUAUUAUUCUGGAACGAUAAGUUAGGUUUUCUCCGUUUAUUUUUCUGGAUGAUAGGUGUUUUCUUCCCCAACUGAUAAUUAUGGUAGGCUAUGCAUUCACUAUUAGAGGGUUAUGUGGUAGGAUUUGCCCCGUAAUAAACCUAAAAAAAACAGGUGGUAAGCUUUGCCUCCGUAAAUUAAAAAAAGAUCACGUGGUAGGUUAUGCCUCCGUAGAUAAAAAAAUGGCCAAAAUGAUAGAAUAUGUCUCCUUGGACCAUAUGGAAAGCUUUGCUUCCUUGAAUAAAAAGAUAAAUAUGGUAGAUUCUGUCUCCUCGAAUCAUGUGGUAGUCCAAGCCUUCGAUUUUAUUUAUGCUCUUUCAUUUUGCAUCUAAAUUAUACCUUUAAAUUUAUGCCUUUAAUUUAUGCAUUUUAAUUAUGCAUUUAAAUUUCUAUCUUUAUUAUAUUUUAUAUUACUAUUCUACGAAUACGAUUAUCAAGUCGAAUUUGACAAAACUUGAAAUUACUGUCCUUGAUAUUACUGAGAAUAAUUAUAUGACUUCGCCAGUAGGUGAAAAAAUGCACCAAAGAAAAAAAUAAGCUUUUAUAAAUCAUCGAUGAGUUGAAAAAAUGUAUGGGAUGAGAAAAAGAUAAAGUCACGAUAUUUUACACUAGUUCAAUGAUGGUUUUUAAAAUGAGAUGUAUCAUAAUAAAUAUCAUGAAGAUCUUUGAGUAAUUAAAUCCUUGAAAGAAAGGAUUCACCAAAAAAAAUUGGAGUUGAUGUAAAUCCUAUGUGUAAACUGAACAAAAAAAAAGAACUCAUGAUAAUAAACAAUCAUAUGUUCGUCCUACUAGGAAAGAAUGAGGGUGUGGGCGCAAAAAAAACCACUAUCGUAGUCGUGCAAGUGGAUGAGGAAGAAGAUUUCGUCCUAUGAUGAAAGAAAUAAUUAGAACUUUUACUAAAAUGAAAGUGGUCAGGUGAUCAAAGGCAAACAGAAAAGGUUUUAUUAUAUAUACGACAAGAAGGAACAUUGAGUACGUAUUUUUCGUACGCAAAAAUAUUUAGCGAUCUGUAUCAAGAAUAAAAAAAUAAAAUUCACCUCUUAUGAGCUAGGACUAUCUUUUCAUGGCUUAAAUAAUAAUACUCAUCUUGAUAUUUCAGAUUUUCAGGUUGAUCCAGAAAAUAAAAUGAAAAUAUCGAUGUGACAUGAAAAUUAUCUUCCUGGACAAGAUUUUUGUGAUUCAGGAUGAAGAUAUAUAUAUUGGGUAGAUAAUGCUUUAUCGUACAUGGUUAUUAAAGGUAACAAAUAUCUCUCCUCUCUCAAAAUAAGUAUUAAUUUAGAAAUCGUAAGUAUAAUAUCUUGUAAUACAAAAAUUAUUAUUGGCUAUAUAAGAGCUUAUGAUGAAAUAACAUGCAUAAGAAAAAGAUGGCAAAAGUAUAAAUGGCAGUAAACCUGAAGUUUACUAAUAUAUAGCUAUUUCUAAUAUUGUUAUCGAGAUUAUUUUUAAAUGUUGAAAAACCCAAAGUUUUUCAUCUAUAGCAUGUGUUAAAUAAAAUAAAAGAAAACAUCAUGGGAAAUGAAUUAUAAAGCAAGCCUAUUGGAUAUGAUUUCUUUAAACACACCCAAUUCAUGAUCCUACAUUAAAGGAUUUAAAACAUAAUUCAAAAUAGACAACAUAAUAUGUUAUUGGUUCUAAGGUGGGAUUCAACACGAGAUAGAUGGACAUGAAGUGUCAUCAUUUCGAGGAGGAGAAUGAAAGAAUCCACUGGUUCAGAAAAUUAUGUUCGCAUUUGAAAAUGAAUUUGACAAAGUAAUUUUAGGUAAGAUGAGAUAAUAUCUCUAUGAUCGGGUAUAAACAUGCAAUUGUGCAUAUAAUAAAGACAUACAAUCAAAAUGGAUAAAGUAUAUGGAAUAAUUAGAUAUAUGCUCGCAAGGACGCUAGAAGCAUAUAAGCAGUUGAUAAAUGUGAUACGAGAAAUGAAUUAUCAUGAAAAUGUAUGUAUCCUCAUAUAAAUGAACAUGAACCCAUAUUUCAUAAGAUGAUCUUUUUACAAAAUGACUGCCAUACCUUUUGAUGAAAUUAUAAAAUCUCAUAUUUGUGGGAACCGAAAUUCGCACUGUCGAUUUUCAUUAAAAUUAGGAAAGUCAAGAAACCCUAACUUUCCCAGAGGUCUCGGAUUCUCUGCGAGAGCCAACGAUAAGUAACCAAAUAAAUGCGGAAAAUAUGUAAAGACAAUAAAGCGAGUUUAGAAAGAGUUGAUCUUAUUUCGAAGCUGCGUAAGAGUGUUGCGAUCAUGACAAAAGAUUACAAAAGCUUCGGCCACAAGAGCUGUCAGCGAGUUUCUUAGUUCUAACGACCAAAAACCUUAAACCUAGUUGAAUCGCAGCUCGAUAAGAACAAAC